AAUUCCAUAGUCCAUUCUCUCAAUUCAUACAAUCUCCAUUGUUGCCCUGAGAAGCACAUCAGUGUUCAUUUGCUGCAUCCCCGACUCUUAUCUAAAAUUUCAAUCUUUCACAACUUCAAGAUAUCUUCACUGAUAAAAGCAAUUCAUGUACCAGAAUCAAGACUCUGUUUGAUUGCUCUGAGGAAUCGAGUAACAAAGAAAUGCUGAGCCUUGGAAAAUUCCCCACACAAGUACUGUACAGCACUCUUCUGCACAACUCUAUCUCGCAAUACUUUCAAUUCCUCUCCAAACCCAACUUCUCAGUUUCAUCUCGCCUUUAUUGCGGAGCUGUUCUUGGGAAAUCGGGAAAUGGGUUGCGCUGUAACGCCCUUAAGACCAAGAAAAAUGGCGACUUUAGUUUGACGGAAAUGGAAGGUCCUGAUGAAUUCGAGGAUGAUUUUGAUGAUGAGUUUUUGGAUAUAGAAGAUGAUGGAGAAUUUGAGGGGGACGAAGACGAUGAUGAUGAUGUUGUUGUUCCUUUACAGAAUAUGAAGAGGUGGCUGGAGAAUAGGCCGCGUGGGUUUGGUGAAGGCAAAGUGUAUGAUACUUCGAUUGAGGAUAAGUUGAUGGAAGAAAUAGAGCAGAGUAGGAAAGCCCAGCUGGCCAACUUGAAUAAGCUCAAAAACAGUCCUGUAAAUCCCAGUACCAAGAAAGAAACAAGGGAGCAAGCUAAAGUAUCAAGCGAAAUUCAGGAUGGAUUUCGGGUGCGUUUGCUCAACCUUCCUAAGAAAAAGAACAUUCACAGGGAUUUGAAGCUGGCCUUUAAAGAAGUUCCUGGAAUACUAAACAUAGUCCCAGUUGUUUCUGGAAAUGAAAAGACCAGGGAUCCAGUGUGCAAAGGACUUGCUUUCAUUGACUUCAAAUACCAGGAUGAGGCACAGAGAUUUGUGCAAAACUUUACAGGUAAAAGCAUAAGCUUCGGCAAGGUUCAAAAGCAGAUAAAAUGCGAAAUGAUGAGUUCAAAGUUGCCAAUUCCUGCCUAUGAUCAGUCGGUUGAUUAUAGCACCGGCACUGAUGAACAAGCCGUACUCAAUUUUGACGAAAACCUGAAUGCUAGUCUGGAAACUGAUGUUUCACGAUUUGAUUCCUGGGAGGAAAGUAUCCCUAGUGAACUUGAUACUGCAGACGAGGGGCAUGAAGAGACCAACGCAACUUCAACUUCCUCAGGCUCUAACUUGGGUGAAAAACCGGGAGAAGUACAAGAUUCUGCAAUCAAUUCGUCACCCUCGAAGCAGGGAAAAAAACUCAGAAUGAAUGCGAAAAAGGGAACAUCUAAAAGAAGCACAGACAAGAUUCUGAAACUAAACAUCCCAGGUUCUGCCAAUAGAUUAAAGAUAAGAGAGAAGGAAAUGCUCACGGGGGUGUUCUCCAAAUACGGAGGAAAUGCGAAUUCAACUGCUAAAGAACAGAGUAGAUAACUGAUGGCUUCUUAGGAGAGUUGCAGUGGUUUUUGCAAGGGUGUAUACUUUUCUCAAGAAUGUCGAUUGUUUACCUAAUGAUAAACGAGGAGCUGAUUAGAUAAUCUUUGCCAAUUCAUGAACUAUUCCUUGCA